AUGGUGGAGAACUUUGACCACCUGAAGGAGCAUCAGGAGAAGUUCGUGGAGAACAUUCGGUACCUCAGCAUCGGCAUCAGUGACGUGCAGCCCAGCAGCCAGGCGGGGCUGAGCCAGAAGCUGAACUUUAUUGUUAUGGGCUUACAGGACAUAGAUAAAUGCACACAGCAGCUGCGUGAUAUCACCGUGUCUCUGGAAGUUUUUGAAUACAUUGAUCAAGGUCGGGACCCCCAGCACUACACCAUAGAAUGGCUGGAAAGGGCUCUAGCUAAAAAACAAGUCAAGGGGGAGCGCAAUACAAUGAAGAAAUUUAAAAGCCUACUGAUUCAUGAACUUUCUAAAGUGUUUCCAGAGGAUAUGGCCAAGUAG